AAUAUAGCAGCAGGUAUUUCUGAUACUCGAAUUUUGUAUGUAUGGCAUAUUACAAGUUAAAAAACCUUGCGAAAAAUCUACGUCCGCAAGUUUAAGCGCCAUUUUCAAAUGGAUUAUUAAAGAAGAAAUUGUCAUCAAGCGUAUAAAAAUUAUUGAUUCCAGCAAGAGAGCUCCUAUAAGCAGGUGCGCGAUCAAUAAACUGUACAGUGUACCUCCACCUGCCUAGUGAUCAUGACGAAUUCCCUGCUGCGGAGCUUGCAAGCACUGGAGUCGCUGGGAAACCAGCCGACAGCUCGCUGGGAAGUGCCCCUAAGCGACAGCGUCCACGUGAUCGAAUUCGAACAUGGCACGGCGACGGGACGUCGUACCGUGAAAAUCGAUGGAAAAGUUCUCAUACAUCGCGAGUGGAUGUUUCGACUGGUUGGUGAUGAAGUCUUUCAGUUCGGGGAAACAAAGUUCCUCAUCAGGGUAGAUCCUAUUCCUGGGUUGAGGUAUUCGUACACCUUAUGGGUGAAUGGCAAAAGCUUCAAGAACUUCAUUCAGUCGCAGUCGAAGAUACUGGAGACAUGGUCGACUCAUGUGGGUCAGAACGAGUACCGGAUUAUUCUAGAUAAAAAUACGCAAAUUGUUUGGGUCAACGGAGAACAAGUGGAAGUGGAGUCAGAGUUCAUCGACGGCGGAGCGGAAAUACUUUUCGCGAUCGGGGAAGUACCGGCGAUAAUUCGAUCCUGCAGUUCCGGACAAAAGGAUGUCGGAAUAAAGUACUCGCUUUUUGUCAAUGACGUCGAAAUUACGGAGCAGAAUUUGGAAGGGGCUCUGGCGGAUGAAUGACAGGAGCCGGAUUUGAGAAUGAUGGGUUUGCUGUUGUUAUAGGAUUUCUUUGGAUUUCUGCGUUGUGAAAUUGUCACUCCUAACCAAGACUUGCGCAUUUGAGAAGAUAGGUUCGUACAAGUUUAAAAGGGCCUCAAUUUAUGGGCAUUUAAACUGAAGAUUGAAAAUAUGCGUUUUAAUAAAUCUGAUAGUCUUCGUUAAGUGCGACGAAAUGUAUUUGUUGUUAACGUUAUUGUCGAGAUAACAUAAGAGUUGAGUUUUGAAUGCAUCAAAAUUGACAGGGUGUGAUGUUCAUAGGAGAUUUUUACGUAUCACUUGCUGUAUUUUUGUACGAAAACAAACUUUUAUAGUACGACAGCUGCAUUAUAAGAAUGUUCGAAAAUAAACACCACGUGGCACUCGUAAAUACUUACUUGCUAGCCAACUUCUCGACAAAGCAA